AUGUCUUUCUCACGCUUUAUAUUUGUUUACAUCUAUCUAUCUAUCUAUCUAUCUAUCUAUCUAUCUAUCUAUCUAUCUAUCUAUCCCAGUCUGUUCAUAUCUAUUUAUCCCAGUCUGUUCAUAUAUAUUUAUCCCAGUCUAUUUCUAUCUAUAUAUCUAUCUAUCUAUCUAUCUAUCAUCUAUCUAUCUAUCUAUCUAUCUAUCUAUCUCAGUCGUCUGUUCAUAUCUCUCUCUCUCUCUCUCUCUCUAUCUAUCUAUCUAUCUAUCUGUCUAUCACAGUCUGUUCCUAUCUAUCUAUCUAUGAAAGUCUGUUCAUAUCUAUUUAUUUCUGUUUCUAUCUAUCUAUCUAUCUAUCUAUCUAUCUAUCUAUCUAAUUCUAUUCAUAUCUAUCUAUCUAUCUAUCUAUCUAUCUAUCUAUCUCAUUCACACUCAGUCCAUAUCUGCCAAUCUCCCCACUCUGACACUACCUCUUGCCUAACCACCUACCUAUCUGGCUGUGUACAAGGCGGCGCACACCUGACUGCGUCUGACGUUCGCCAGCAACCAAGGUUUUCCCAGGCAACCCCGAUGGCCGACGCUUGCGCUACUCUGCUCUGCGGUUUUUUCUUUCUUUAUGUCUUUCUUCUUUCGUUCCUUCGUUAUUUCUUUCGUUCUUUUUACUUUCUUUCUUUCUUUCUUUAUUUCGUAGCUAGCUCAACCCGAUCAUAUCUAUCUAUCUAUCUAUCUAUCUAUCUAUCUAUCUAUCUAUCUAUCUAUGAAUGA